CUCCAAAUGUUUUCCAUAUUUGUUCAGCCUCCUUGAUUCAAAUACCAGGAACAACUCAGCCAGCACAAAGCGGAGCUUUGGGGGGCAAAAAAAAAAAAAAAAAAAAAAUCACACCCCCAUCGGCGCUCGCACACACACACGCACGUGAGAUCCUAAAGUUCCUCGGCAUGGGAAAGCAGGAGAAGAAAGCCCAGCACGGCAUGUCCCCGAGUAACCAGACAGGGAAGGCAGCCGAAGGGGAGAAAAGCACCAACUCGAGCAAGACGCAGGAGCCGGCGAUGAAGAAGAAGAAGCAGAAGAAAGCCAAGGGGGAUCCCAAAGCUCAGGAGGAGGAAUCCCACACUUGUUGUGGCUGCCGUUUCCCGCUGCUGUUUGCUUUGUUGCAGUUGGCACUAGGCACCUCUGUAACAGUGCUGGGCUUCCUUAUGGCAGGCAUCAGCUCUUCUCUGCUAGUCAGAGACACUCCAUAUUGGGCUGGGAUAAUUGUCUGUCUGGUGUCCCUAGUGGGAUUUCUUAUGCUUUGUAUUUCGUACCAACCUGAUGAGAAGACGUGUGUGCAGUUCACAGUAAAGCUGAUGUAUUUUCUCCUGAGUGCCCUGGGGCUGGUUGCCUGUGUUUUGGCAGUGGCUUUUGCCACGCACCACUAUCUGCAGAUGACAAAAUUUACCUGUGACACCGUCCUUGAGUCCUGCCAGUGCAAACUGGACACUGUGGAUCCCCUGGGUAGGACCUUCACCUACCAGGAUGCAGCUGACUGUGGCAGCCUUACCAGCAUGCUCAACCUGUACCUGCUCCUGCAGAUGGCCCUCAACCUGGUGGCAGCCCUGGUGUGCCUCCUGACGUGCUUUGUGAUGUGGAAACACAGAUACCAGGUCUUCUACGUGGGCGUUCGCUUCCACCCUCUGACUGCUGCUGCUGAAGGCCAGAAGCAGCAAGUGUAGGGUCUGGGCUGGCAGGGGGUUGAGACCAGGGAAUGGGAGAUGUCCAUGUGCUGCCAUCAUGGAUAUUGCGGAGGGAUGAGUGUUUGUAAGGCUCCUGACAAGGAAAAACCUUCACGGGGUUUUAAUCAAUAUAUUUUUCAAUCAUUUUAAGAGCAUUUCACACGGCUGCUCUGGCAAAAAGGUCUCUUGUGAGAUUAUGUGAGGUCACGAAGUCCUAAAGAUGCAGCUGUACAAAUAAUCACCAAAGAGGAUCUUUAAUAGUCAUAGAUAAAAUCAUUAGGAACUCAUUUGCAGAGCUACAGCCAUUACAAAAUAGGGUCCAUUUCCCUCUUGCCUUCAGAGAAGCUACACCAAUUUCCACCAGAUAAGGAUCUGAUCCAAACUGCUUAAUUAUAACUAUGCUGAUCAUGCUUAGGGAAUAUAUCACAUCUUGAUGCUCCGGGUGUAAUCCACACUAAUGUGAUGGGAAUUUAGCAUUCAGAAAUGUAAUAAGGGAGGUCAAGACCUCUUCAAAUGCAGGUUGAAACCAACAGGAAAGUGAAUAUAUUGAUGGCUGCCGUAUAAAAUAUACAUAAGACUUUUCAGAGUGACUAAUUUUAUAGGUUACCUAACCCAGUUACUAAUAAACAACAAUAUGGGUGAAUUGA